CGUGGUGACGUGGCGGCGGCGGCGCGCGGCGGCGGGAGCGGGAUGCUGCGGGUGGCGUCGCUGCUGCUGCCGCUGCUGGGGGCAGCGGUGCUGGUGGUAGGGAGCGACCCGGAACCCUCCCGGCGCCACCGAGCGGAGCUGCGGGACCUGGCCCGGGGCAAGGUGGAGACCUGCCGCGGGUGACGGCUGAACCGCCUGAGGGAGGUGAAGGCUUUUGUCACCGAGGACAUCCCUCUCUACCAUAACCUGGAGAUGAAACACCUGCCCGGAGCUGACCCCGAGCUUGUGCUCCUCAGCCACCGGUACAAGGAGCUGGAGAGAAUCCCCCUGAGUGACAUGACCCGGGAGGAGAUCAACCAGCUGGUGCAGGAGCUGGGCUUCUACCGCAAGGAGGCGCCCGACGCCCCCGUGCCCGAGGAGUUCCAGUUUGCCCCUGCCAGGCCACAGCCCGCCCAAGCCCCCACCGCUGACAGCCAGACCCCACCUGAACACGCUAAGGAAGAGCACUCAGACCUUUAGCCAGGGGCGCUGCAGCCAGUCCCCAGCACGUGGGGAUGAAGGCCAGAGAAGAGCAGCUGGGGACAGUGCUGCCAGGGAGCAAAGGUGCCCCCUCAGCUGUUGCCCAGUGCUCUGUAGCUUCUGCUCCAAGGAUGCUUUUGAGUACCUUGAGCCUUGAGCAGGGGCUUCCCAGGCACUAUGGACGUUGCAGGGUCCUGUGUGCCUGUCGGUGCCCUCCCUGCCCUGCAGCCCAGCAUCCCUGGCUGGGUAAGCAGUGCUGGGUCCCUUCUGCUCCCUUGCCGUGCCAAAUCCCAGCGCUGGGCAGCAGUUCCCUACCUGCCUGGGACAGGAUGAAACGCUCAGCAGAAAGCCCAAGGUGCUGAGGGUAGAUGUGCUAAGUCCAGGAGGUGGGAGUGCUGCCCCCGGAGCGGGGAUGGCUUCACGGCUCAGCAGGGCUGUCUCCUACCCAGCCCCAGUAAAGCCCUUGCACAUCA